CCAAUCUCGUCGGGCCCUCAGAGGAUGUCGCGCUCCAACAGCAUCGGGCCCCCUAGUGACUCCGCCUGCGAGCUGUUUGGCUCCUCCCCCCUGGGCAGCAGCAUGUCCCUGGCCGACAGGCCCAAGAGCAUGAUGCGUUCAGGGUCUUUCCGGGAACCGGCAGACGACGUGCACGGAUCCGUUCUCUCUUUGGAGUCCAACGCUUCGUCCAACUACUCUACAGAGGACAAGGUCCAAGGAGAGCAAAUCCGCAGCCUAAGACGUGAGCUGGAGUCUUCACAGGAAAAAGUGGCCGACUUGACCAUCCAGCUGACUGCUAACGCGAACCUGGUAGCUGCUUUUGAACAGAGUCUGGCACUGAUGACCGCUCGUCUGCAGACCUUGUCUGUGUCCUCAGACCAGAAGGAUUCUGAACUGAAUGAGCUGAGGGAGACCAUUGAGAUCCUGAAGACCAAAAACACAGAAGCCCAGGAACUCAUCCACGGGGCUCUCAAUGACUCUGAGCUGGCAUCUAAAGAGCUGCAGAUCAAGCGUCACAACUCGUCGGAGAGCAUCUGCAGCCUCACCAGCCUCUCCAGCCUGGGCAGCCUGAAGGAGCAGGAGGCCAAGAAGAAGAAGAAGAAGAGCUGGUUACGCAGCUCCUUCAACAAGGCCUUCAGCAAGAAGGGCUCCAAGCAGGCGGGGCCCUACGCUGACAUCCAGGAAAUUGCCACGCCGGAGUCAUCAGCCCCCUCCUCGCCCAGAGUCCACCGAGACGGAGAUGACCCUCCGUCAUCCUCCAUGAAGACCUCCGCGUCGUCGUCUGGUAACCCCCGGCUGGUGGUCUCGCACGCGUGCAACAGACUCCAUGAGGAGGGCGAGCCGGGCGACGACAAGGUCGUGUCCACCCUGAGAUCGGAACUCUGGGAGAAGGAAAGGAAACUGACUGACAUCCGCCUGGAGGCUUUAAGCUCCGCCCAUCAGCUGGAGCAGCUGCAGGACACCAUGACCAGCAUGCAGAGGACGGUGGAGAAUCUGAAGGUGGAGAACGACCAACUGAGGACCAGCGGGGGGUCGCCCUGCUCGUCUCCCGGACCCUCAAGCUCCGCCUCCCAGUCCUCGGGUCUCACGUCUCUCUGCGGUUCUUCCCCACGACAGUCGGUAGCCGUGGCUAAAGGCUAUGGCAGAAGGCUGAGUGACGGAACCAGCGCAGGUACAUUUUAUUACCCUAUGUCUGGACUAUAGGGCGCACCUCUAUAUAAGACACACCUGCUACAUUUUAGAAGGAAAAAAUAAUUUUCCAAAUUGUUGAAGAAGAAAAAACGUUCCCACAUAUAAGCCACACCCACUACAUUGUAUAAUAAAAAAAUAAAAAAAUUCCGCAUAUAAGCCGCACCCACUAAAGUUUACAAGAAAAAAUAAUUUUCCAUAUUUAAGCCGCACCCACUGAAUUUCAGGGAUUUUUUUCCAUAUAUAAGACCCACCCACUGAAUUUUAGGGAUUUUUUUCCAUAUAUAAGACGCACCCACUGAAUUUUAGAGGAAAAAAUACUUUUCCACAUAUAAGCCACACCCACUAAAGUUUAGAAGAAAAAAAAACUUUUCUACAUAUAAACCGCACCCACUUAAGUUUAGAAGAAAAAAACAUUUUCCAUAUAUAAGCCGCACCCACUAAAUUUUAGAAGAAAAAAAUACUUUUCCACAUAUAAGCCGCACCCACUAAAGUUUAGAAUAAAAAAAAACUUUCCCACAUAUAAGCCACACCCACUACAUUGUGUAAAAAAAUAUAUAUACUUUUUCAUAUAUAAGCCGCA